AUGUCAGCUGAAAACGGCACUACAACAGCAUCACUCCUGAGACAUUCACCUUUCAUGUCAAUGUUCGGUCGUAAGAAACGAAUAAAUGGCACAAAAUCAGCGGAGGACAUGAAGGGAGUUGCCUCAGCUUUGACUGCCAAUGACCGCACAACAACAACAACAACAACUAUGAAUGGUUCGGCGAAACCCACACAAAACGGUGGUGAUUUUGUUGCGGGCGAUACUUUCAUAGAUUCAGACCACUAUGAUUCGACGCGUCGAGGUCAGCAUCAGCUCAAUUCAAAUCUCCAUCAAUCAGCUGGAAAUCAAGACUGUUUUGCAGCAGUUGAUGAGCCGUACAAUAAUACUUGUCCACAGUAUUCGCAAUAUCCACAGCAAUCUGUUUCUUCGUCACCAUCAACUUUCGCCGAAAAAAUUCGUCACCACAAGAAUUCACGAUCGAAGCUUCACAGUCGUGAUUCGAAAAGUGAGGCACGACCAGGUUCGGUGCCUGCAGAGUCGAGCACGCUUCCGAAUCUUGCGGCGGUCAGCGCCGGCAAAAAGGAUCUAGCAGACCGAAAUCAGUUACGACGUCAGCAGAAGGCAUUCUCGGCGGAUGCCGUCUAUUCGUUGGAGCCAUUGUAUCUGAUGGAAGCGCUCGAGACACUGGCUGAAGAUCAACCACUAGUGGCCAGAUCAAUUCCAAAACAUGCGCGUGUGGAUACGAGUGGUUUUGCGAAGCGAUCGCUGGAUAACUGUCUGUUCGAUUCGACAGUUUAUGACAACAUGUUAUGUGACUCACUCAAG